AAGUUUGUGCCUAAGUUCUCUGUCAUUGCUCACCCACUCUCACGCCUGACUAGUAAGAAUGUUGCCUAUGCGUGGUGUGAAAAGUGUGAGACUGCGUUCCAAGCCUUGAAAGAGGCUUUGGUGAGUCAUCCUGUGCUCCGCAUUGCGGAUCCCAACCUCACAUUUGUAGUCACGACGGACGCGAGCCAGUCUGGGAUUGGUGCAGUGCUGCAACAAGAUGAUGGUGAUGGCCUGCGUCCGCUUGAAUAUUACAGCAAACGCAUGACCAGCCACAAGGUAGCCACUUCCAYMUACAUGCGGGAGCUCUACGCCUUGCGCGAGGCGCUCACGCAUUGGAAGCRCUACCUCUUGGGUCGCCACUUCAAGGUCUAUUCAGAUCAUCAGACCUUSCAAUGGAUUAAGACACAAACUGAUCUCUCUCCAACUCUGACCCGCUGGCUGCAUGACAUUGAUGUUUUCAACUUUGAACUAAAACAUAAGAAAGGUUGUUAUAAUCGUGUUGCUGAUGCUCUGUCGCGCCAUCCCGAGUAUUUGACUUGCCUUGUGGACUCGUACGACCUUCAGAAACUGAAGGAGGAUCUGGUCGAGCACACUGCCAAGGAUCCGGACCUUAGUCCCAUCCUUGAGCAGCUCAAGGCUGACCCCAACAGUCACCCUGAUUUUCAUGAAUGCGAGGGUCUUGUAUUUCGCCGGUACGGAAAGUUUGACCGUCUGUGUGUACCCAACCAUGCGCCUCUCCGAACUCACUUCUUGGAUCUGGCGCACGGUCGGAGUGGACAUUUUGGCUUUGAGAAGACUUAUGGAAGUCUUCUGCAGCAAUUUGAUUGGCCAGGAAUGAAAGGAUCUGCUCAGAAAUUCAUUGUUGAAUGUCAAGUAUGCCAAAGAAUGAAGGUUCACACGCAUAAGCCUUAUGGCCUACUAAGACCUCUCCCCAUUCCUGAUGGACCCGGUGAAUCGAUUUCCAUGGAUUUCACGGACAUGGGAAAGGUGAGUGAGGCUGGGAAUUCACAAGUCAUGGUCAUUGUGGACCACUUCUCCAAAUUUCUGAACUUGAUUCCUCUCCCUCCUCACGCCCCGACUGAACUUGUAAUAGAAGAAUUCCAUCAGCAGUACAUUCUGCAGUCCGGCGUCCCGAAAACUAUUGUGAGUGAUCGAGACACCAGAUUCAUCAGCAAAGAUUGGAAAGACUUCACGUCUCAGAUCUACGACAUCAAACUGAACAGGACUUCUGGUCGACACCCCGAAGCCAACGGAUUGGCUGAGGAGAUCAACCAGACUGUCAUCCAAUUGCUUCACGCACUAAUUGUUCCAGAUCAAAACACGUGGGACAAGGAAUUGCACAAAGUGAAGGGGCUGUACAACAACUCCAUCCAUUAUGCAGCUGGUGUGACACCAAACCAAUUGCAGUAUGGAUGGCCUAUGCGUAAUCCCCUCUCCUAUCUGUUCCCCGAACGGUCACCUGGUCUGAUGCCCGACAUGCCUGGCUACAAUGCCAAGUACGCACGCUUGCUCAAAGCUGCUACAGCAGCUAUGAACAAGCGCCAGCAUGCCAUGAUCAAACAUGCCAAUAAGCUGCGCAAAGAAGAAAAAUUCAAAGUAGGGGAUUAUGUUUGGGUCAAAAUGUCUGAGUUUUCUGAUGAAGAGGGCAUAUCACGGAAGCUUCUUCCACUGUACUAUGGCCCUCGGCAGAUUCUGAAGGUAGUCGGGGAUGACUUCGGUCCUUCGUACGUGAUUGACGUGCCUCCUCACCUGCGCACGUAUCCAGUCUUCCAUGCCUCCAAACUGUUCCCACACAUUGAUGAUGAGACUUUUCCCUUCCGUGACCCUAUGACACCUCGCCCUAUUGACGGAGGCCAUGAGAUUGACAGAAUCGUUUCUCACGAGGGGAGAGGGAGGAACAAACAAUACAAAGUUCAUUUCCUCUACCACCCGUUGAACGAAUUCUUCUGGAUCGACCGGAAAGAACUGAUAAAGAGUGCUCCACGUGUUGUGAACGCAUAUGAACAACAGAUUGUUGACGGGCAGACCGCUAAGUUUGCUGCAAAGCUCACUCCGUUUGGACUCACUAACACUCUCUUUUUUAUCUAUGCCUAUGACGCCUUCUGUGCCGACUCUGACUGAGUUACUCGCUAGAAGGGACCUCGCUCUCGAGAGGGGAGUAAUGUAAUGACCCGCCCAAAACACAGACUGAGAACACUGCUGAUUUCUGGGAUUUGUCAAUGGAAUGAAUGCCUUGUUGUGAU